ACAAGAAUACACUUUUACACAUUUCCUCUCCUCCAUCCGUCCCUUUCUUUUCACCCCAGCUUUGUACCCCUGUAGCUCUCCUCUUCCCUAUAAUGCCCCUAUUUCCCACUCAGUUUGACUUUUGACAUGUUACCUCCACUGAAGCAUUACUCACGCCACCUCCACAGAACCCCCACCUCUGUCCCAACCCUCCUUUACCUCCCGCCUUCUUCCCUCGUUAUAAACUCAGCACUCGCAACAGUUGGCUCAGUGUGAGGAGCCCUUGCAUGCAGUGAAGGGCACGAAGAAGACAUUUGUGACUUUUGCUUUUUUAAAGCGAAACAUUCGCCGUCAUGCACGUGUUCGGGAUCUGGCGCGUGCUGUGUGUGCUUGGCUUGGUGGGUGCAUCACUGUGUGGGAAUGAGGUGGAGUAUGAAGGGAACUACGCCGACAGCUAUGACAACGAGAUCUCUCAGGACCAGCAGGGGGGGGAAACUCCAACCACCCCAUGCCAGACUGCAGAUUUUUCCCGCUGGGACAAGCUGUUCAUCGCUCUCGAGAACUCCCACAUGAGGCAGAACAUGCUGCUGGACUCUGUGGAGCAGUGCUGUGGAGGAAUGUCCUCUCUCAGGACGCAGGUGGACAGGCUGGCUGAGGGAACAUGCCAGCAGUGUCUGCCCAGCCUUGAGUCAGCGUGCAGAGGGCAAGCGGAGCAGGUGAGAGUCAGGCUGCAGCAAGGCUUCGUUGAGCUCAGACAGGAGGAAGCAGCGAGGGAGAGGAGCUUGAAUGCUACCUUGCAGCAGCUCCUGCGCAGUAGCCAUGAAGGUAACUCUCGGCUGAAGCGGCUGGAGGAAACAUCAGGACCAGCAGACGGCAGGUUCGGACACCAACCAACGCAGAGACCGGGAGCUUUAGGUGGGAUGAAGUCACUCCCUUCUGUCCUGAAGGAACAGGAGGUAGCUUCACCGAUGGACAUGGCCACAAUGGAAAUGGCCCUGGUUGCCAUAGCAACAGAGCUGCAGAAGGUUCACCUGCAGCUGAGCAAAGUGAUCGAGCAGGCAGGGACAAUGAGGAAGGACAGAGGAGACACAUGAAUCGCCCACAGGGAAAAAACAAUAAAAGAUAAGCAGGGGACACUCCAGUGAUAACGAUUUUUGCACAUAAUCAUUUUUCAAGGGCCUUUGUUUUCCUUUUAUACCUGAGCUUGUUUAUUUCUGGCGACAAUAAAUUUAGAUGUACCAUAAAUGUUGUGGGUUCACUAUAAUGAAUAAAAACUUUAUAAACAACCUAAUCAGCCUCGUGGAAAGGUUUCCUCCCUCCUCCUACACAGCAGUCAACUCAUUUACAGAGCUCAUAUUUUCAUGCACAUGCCUACACUUUCAUCUGUCUGACUCAUGUGCAUGAAUGCUAUCCCUUCCUGCACGUGCCAGAGCUGACACCACCGCUGCCUCAGUGUUUGUGUAGUUGUGGUGUUGUCUGCAAAUACCCACAGCCACAAGAAAGUGUGUGAAAGGUUUUUGGGGCGUGUUUUAAUUGUGGGCAGGUCUCGCCCUCUCAUUAGCUGCUCUAAGGGUCUGUACGCUAAGAAAAAGCGACUUACGAUCCCCCGACUGUUUAUGAUUUAUGAAACUCUGCCAG